GUCGUCUCAUACGGACUUAGAGGUUUGGUUGGUCAAAAUGUAGAGAACCUGCUAGGUUAAUAAUGUUAGACUAGUGUUGACUGGACUAACUGUAAUUAAACAUUUUUAUGUCUGAAAAGAAGAAACAAUAAAAUCGCUACGUUGGUUGCUGGGGUCAGAAGAUUUGCCUUUGAGAAACAAAAGAGUCUGUCUCUUCAGUAUAUGGGGAGACCUUCUUUAUCCAGAUUCUACUUAACUCCAGGGGACUGAAUGUUUUGAGAUGCUUCAGCUACAACAUGACUCCAUCUCCUUACCUCCAACACGGAAACAGCAGACUCCCAAUGUCACCCCGGUCCAACAUCAUCGCCCACCGACAUCAUCAUCUUCAUCCCCAUGUCCCUGCUCUGUCCUUCCACAACCUUCAAGUUUCCUCCCUCUUCUAAGACUGCAUGGAAACGGUCUGCUGAGGAUCCUACUCACCCUCUUUAUUGCCCUGUGCAUACUGCCCUGCCAAGCGCACGCUGCCUUGUUUCGGGUCGGAGUGGUUGGACCAUGGGGGUGUGACCGCCUCUUUGCCAAGGCACUUCCAAAUGUUGCGGCACAGCUGGCGGUAAAUCGCAUCAACAGAGACCCCUCACUGUCCUACGCUGCUACAUUUGGCUAUGCCGUGCUGCAGGAGCCUUGUGAAACAUCCAGGGCACUGGAGGCAUUUGUGGGUUUCCACACCAAGGCCUCUGGUUACGUUGGACCAGUCAACCCUGGAUACUGUGAUGCUGCUUCGAUGCUGAGCAAAGGCUGGAACAAAGCAAUAUUUCCUUGGGCUUGUGUUGGCUAUGAGUUAGAUGAUGUCCGUAGCCAUCCAACGUUUGCCCGAUCUAUGGCGAGACCCACCGCAGUGCUGCACAGUGUCAUGACCUACUUCCGGUGGGCUCACAUUGGCAUCAUCUCUUCUUCUGAUGACAUCUGGGUGGACACAGCAACCAAGGUGGCGGACUCUUUAAGGAGCCAUAGGAUGAACGUCAGAUUUGUCAGUUUUAUGGAAAACACACCUCAUGGCAUUAGACGAACCCUGGCCAAAGUCCGCAAGAUGAAAGAAAUACGAGCUGUGAUCCUCUGCAUGCACUCGGUACUCAUUGGUGGCUUGGCCCAGAAGCUCCUCUUGGAAACAGCCUACGACAUGCAGAUGAUCGACGGCUCCUUCGUGUUUGUACCUUAUGACACUUUGCUCUACAGCCUGCCGUACAUUAACGCAACCUACCCUACUGUGAAGAACAACAGCAAACUGCUGCGGGCCUACGAUGCCAUGUUGACUAUCACCAUCGACUCCCCCCAGGUGUCAUUCUAUGACGCCUAUAGAGAAGCUAUGGAGAGAGAAGAGGUGGCAAGAACAUUGAAACCCCAACAGGUGUCCCCUCUGUUUGGAACCAUCUACAACUCUAUUCUGUUCAUGGCUCAUGCAGUGCAUCGCGUUCGCGAGUCCAGGGUAUGGAUGUCUGGAGGAAACCUGGCACAACAUACACGCAAUUUGGAUUUCCAGGGCUUUAGUCACCGUAUCAAAACCAGCAGCUCUGGAGCUGUUCAGCUGGACUACAUCAUCCUGGACACAGAUGGAUCUACCUUGAAUCUCAUGCCAACAUACAAGAUCGACAUGGAGAUCAGCAUGGUUCGCUUCCUGGGUCGAGACAUUCACUUCCCACAAGGCUACGGGCCCAGGAGAGAUGCUGCCUGCUGGUUUACGCCCGGCGUCAUCUGCUCAGGAGGAGUGGAUCUGCUCUUGACUUUCAGCAUGUUCUUUGGUUUUAUUGCUGCUUCUGUCUUCGCAGUGGCUCUCCUGUACUGCAUCAAGCGACGCGUCAAUCAGAUUCGAAUGGUCAGAGGUCCCAACAAGAUCCUGCUUACUCUCCAAGACGUCACAUUUAUUAACCCCUCACUUAGUAACAAGAAGCUGAGCCUAGAUGACAGCAGGACUAGCGGUGGCCGGAGCACGUCUGAGCGCAGCCUCAACACACCCGCCUCCUCUCAGUCUCCAGCCACAUACGAGAAUUCAAACGUUGUCAUUUUUGAGGGUGACUGGGCGUGGCUGAAGAGGCUACCUAAUGGCAGGUUUCGAAGCAUUAACCCUAAAACCAGCGAUGUCUUUGAAUUGAUGAAAGACAUGCGUCACGAGAACAUCAACCCUUUCCUGGGCUUCUUUCAUGACUGCGGUGUGUUUGCCAUCGUCACCGAGUUUUGCUCCAGGGGAAGCCUGGAGGACCUGCUGCUGAACGACGACGUCAAACUCGACUGGAUGUUUAAAUCGUCUCUGCUGUUGGACCUCAUUAAGGGUAUGAAGUACCUUCAUCAUCGUGGAGUGUGUCACACCCGUCUGAAGUCUCGUAACUGCGUGGUGGAUGGACGUUUUGUCCUUAAAGUGACAGACUACGGCUACAAUGAGGUUCUGGAGUCACAACGGUUCCCCUUCGUCGAAUCGCGUCCAGAAGAGUUGCUGUGGACGGCUCCAGAGGUCCUGAGAGCCAGUCAUCCAGGACUCCACAGGACCCUCCCCAGUGACGUUUACAGCUUUGCUAUCAUAAUGCAGGAGGUCGUGAUCAGAGGGCCUCCGUUCUGCAUGCUGGACCUGUCUGACGCAGAAAUAUUAGAAAAGCUUCGUAAGCCUCCACCUCUGUGCCGUCCGGUGGUCAGUCCAGAUUACGCUCCUAUGGAGUGCAUCCAGCUGAUGAAACAAUGCUGGACCGAACAGCCAGACAAGAGGCCGACCUUCGAGGACAUAUUUGACCAGUUCAAAAACAUCAACAAAGGGAAGAAGACCAACAUCAUAGACUCGAUGCUGAGGAUGCUCGAGCAGUACUCCUCUAACCUGGAGGAGCUGAUCAGAGAGCGAACGGAGGAGCUGGAGAUAGAAAAGCAGAAGACAGAGAAGCUGCUGACACAGAUGCUUCCCCCCUCAGUGGCAGAGGCUCUGAUGGUGGGAGCGGUAGUGGAGCCAGAAUAUUUCGACAAUGUGUCGCUCUAUUUUAGCGACAUCGUUGGCUUCACCACCAUCUCGGCCAACAGUGAACCUAUCGAGGUGGUUGACCUCCUCAACGACCUUUACACGCUGUUCGACGCCAUUAUAGGAAACCACGAUGUCUACAAGGUGGAGACUAUCGGCGACGCCUACAUGGUGGCGUCGGGUGUUCCUUUCCCCAACGGCAACCGCCAUGCUGCAGAAAUUGCCAACAUGUCUCUGGACAUCCUCAGCGCUGUGGGAACCUUCAAAAUGAGGCACAUGCCAGACGUUCCUGUCAGAAUACGAAUAGGACUUCACACAGGUCCGUGUGUAACAGGUGUGGUGGGUCUCACCAUGCCUCGCUACUGUUUGUUUGGAGACACGGUGACCACCGCUUCUCGAAUGGAGUCCAGUGGAAUGCCCUACAGGAUUCAUGUCCAUCAGAGUACAGUAAAGGUCCUGCAGGAACUCAAUCUUGGAUACAAGCUUCAGUUGAGGAGUCGUACAGAAGUCAAAGGAAAAGGAAUAGAAGAAACAUACUGGCUUACAGGGAGAGAUGGAUUCACCAAACCUCUGCCGGUUCCUCCAGAACUUAAGUCAGGGUGCAGAUCGUUCGACGCUUCAAAGAUGUCGUUGGCUGACAACAGGGACAUGAAGCAGGUGUUUCACAAGGCAGUAAAGAAGAUCUCUCACGUCCGCGUUGUGACGCAGCUCUACGUGCCCGAAGACGACCACAACGUCAUGCUGACGCACCACUGAGUGACUGACUUUGUCUGGAGACAACUCAAGAGCACCGCCUCCCCAAAGCUACAGUGAUGUAGAACUCUGAAAAUGAGCGUCCAACUAGAGAGAGAGAGAAGGAGGGUAGUAAAAGUGUUGGUUGGGGUUUACAGCAGCCAGAGCGUUUGAGUGAAUGUCUGUGGGCAGUGGCGCAGAAAGUGGGUAUGCGCUACAUGCGACGCAUAGGGGCGCUGUCCUUAAGGGGGCACCACAGCAGAAUGGAAAAAUUAUCUCUAGUCGUCAUCAAUGUGUCCCCGUACACCUUGGAAAGUGCAUGUUUGCGCAGCUGUCUGUGAGUGUCAGUGGCUUGAGCUGCAGACACGAAGCCUGAUUGGGGAACGAUCUACGAAGGCUGACAAGUGAUGAGUCGGCAAAGACGGGAUCUGCAGAAAGUCUCGGUCAGCAGGAACAUGGCUAAUCUCUCUCUGUCGUCUCCGUCACCUUGGCUCCUCUUCUGGAAGGACAUUUACUAGGAAGGAAAGCUCUUUAGUGCUCUGUCUUCUUCAAUGUACAAAUAAAUAAGUACAAUCCCAAAAGAUUUGGGCACAAACAGAGGAGAACAGACAUAUAUGGGUAUUCAAGACCCAGACAAUGUUUACAGUCUCUUUUGUCAGUCAAAAUCUUCUGCUUGUUUUCAUUUGUAUUAACAAAAUAAAAUCAAGAAGCAGAACAAAACUCUCAAUGUUGAAAACAGAAAUAUUUUAAUCUUACUGCUGUCUGUGUAAUAUUGCAAUGUUUGCUUGUUACUUUUCAAACAGUGAAGAAAAAUGUCAAAUCACACAAUGUGAGGAAUGUGAUAUCACUUUCCUCAUAUUGCUCUCUACAGGACAAGUCACUUCAAAUGGCCUUUUUAGCACCGAGAAGUUAUUGAUCGGAUGUAAAAUUGUCACCUUAAAUGCUGUAUUUGAUCAGAAAUAAAGGAAUAACAUCAAGUCA